AUGUACCAUUCGACAGUGCUGGCACAGUUGACGGUUCUGGCCAACGAGACGGUGAAGGUGCCUUGCGACCUGUCCACCAGGGGCAUGGCAGACGUCGCUAUCAUAGUCCUCUGGUACCGCGGGGCGUCGCCGGCACCCUUCUACAGCUACGACUUGCGUCAGUCCGGAGGACGACACUGGAGCGACGAGACAGUGUUCGGACAGCGAGCCAAGUUUGACCUCAAGGUCAACCCUCCGAGUCUACGGGUUCACCCGGUGCGGCCCGGGGAUCAGGACACUUACCGCUGCCGGGUCGACUACGAGAGAGGCCCCUCGAGGACCUCCACGGUUCACCUGGCUGUUAUUGUACCCCCCUCACCGGCCGUGGUGACGGACGAGAGCGGCUCUGUGGUGGAGGGGAGCGCCGGCCCCUACCUCGAAGGGGGCAGAGUCGUCCUCACUUGCAAGACUUUGGGAGGUCGACCGUCACCCACACUGGUGUGGAUGAGAGACGGAGUGGUAGUGGAGGAUUCCUACACUGUGGACCACCGUGGACAGGUGAGGAACCUACUUCACCUAGAUAACCUGCCAAGAGACCUGCUAGACGCCGCGUUCACCUGCAGAGCAACCAACAACAACAUUACCAGACCUCUAGAUACCACCGUCACUAUCAAUAUGACACUCGCUCCGUUGACCAUCUCGCUGAUGAAGGUGGCCGGCCCUCAGGAGUAUGUGUCGGCCGGAGUGACGGAGGAAUUGGAGUGCUCCUCCGCCGGCAGCAGACCAGAUCCGGUUAUAUCCUGGUGGAGGGACGACCAGCGAAUCGUCAACCCCAGCGCUAAGCAAGGGCGCAUGCUGAACAGAACGGUGUCGACGCUAAGGGUCGUGCCACAGCCCAGUGACCACGGAGUCGUCUACACCUGUAGGGUGGAGAACCCGCUGCUACCCUCCUCCGUCCUCGAGGAGUCGUACAAGCUCAACGUCCACUACGUGCCGCAAGUCGACUUGGAGAUGGGGAUGGGACUCAGCCCCAAGUCAGUGAAGGAAGGUUCAGACGUGUUCUUUGAGUGUCGAGUAACGUCCAAUCCCAAGUUUUACAAGAUUGUCUGGAUACACGAAGGCACCGUGAUGCAGCACAACGUCUCAGGAGGGGUAAUAGUGUCUAACCAAACGCUGGUGCUACAGAAGGUAGGCAAGGAACGGACAGGUCGCUACUACUGCAGGGCCACUAACCUGCACGGGGAGGGUGUCUCCACGCCCAUCACAAUCACCAUUAUGUACACGCCAGCCUGCUCGCCGGGGCAGCAGCUGGAGUACCAGGUCGCCCAUCACGACACGGCCAACAUAACUUGUCGGGUGGACGCCGUACCGGACAACGUCACUUUCACCUGGAGGUUCAACUCGUCGGGUUCGCUGCUGGAGCUUGGGGAAGGUCGGGCGGCCUCGUGGGGAACCACCAGUGUCCUGCCCUAUACUCCAGCCUCCCCGGGGGACUACGGGCUGCUUCUCUGCGCUGCCACAAACAGCAUUGGAACCCAGCACUUACCCUGUGUCAUCAAUGUUACGGCGGCUAAACCACCGGACCUGCUGGAAGGCUGCGUUAUCCGGAACCAGACGACGCACUCUGUGUUCGUGUCAUGCAAGGGCGUCCCCACUGUUCUUCCCCGCAGCUUCAGCAUGGAGGUGAGGAACUCUGAGGACCUGCGCAUAGUGACGAAGGUGACCAACACGACGCCACAGUUCGUGGCAUCUGGCCUGGACCCGGGCACGGCUUAUACCCUACAUGUAGCCGUCCAGAGCCCUAUGGGAGCCUCCGCUCCGAUCAAGCUCCAAGCUUUCACCGUCAAAACAGCCGAGAAGAGAAUGGGCUUCAGCGAACCGGCGGAGGAGGUGCUGGGAGUCUCUCCUCUCAUCGCUGUGGUUGCCGGAGCGGCCGUAGCUGUUGUCAUCACCGUAGUGGUGAUCCUGGGCCUGGCUAUCAAGCACUGUCCCCGGAGGAGACCCUCGCAAGAGGUGCCUGCCUACGCUCAUGGCUCCCUGGUGUCCGACACCUCCCCGAAGGAGACAGUUAGUACCUUCAGUAGACCCUCGCCGGCUUCCGAAGACCGGAACCCAGACCUCAUACCGCUCAAGGAAGAGUGCGACUACCAGCUGGAGGAGCUGCGUGUACCCAGCUGCCAGGUGGUGGGCGGAGUGUCUUCCUGUCACCACCUGACCUCUCUGAGCACCGCGUCAUCUGCGGUGGUCGUGGUGCCAUCUGUAGGUGGUGGAACGACCACCUCCUGCCACCAGCAGCAGCAGCACCAGCAGCAGCAGGAGUGGGAUGUCUACUACCAGCACCAGCUGCACCACCACCACCAACAUCGCCACCACCAUCACCACCACCACCAGCAGCCGGGGCUUCCACCUCCCUCCUUCACACACCACUCCUGCGAGGUGCUGGGGGCGGCGCCACCAUCUCACCAGGACCAUCUGCUGAUAUCUGCGCAUUAUCCACCUCCGCCCCCCAUGGCGGGCGGCGCCUAUCCGACGCCGCCGCCUCAUUUCCUGGCGUCAGGGGACACAACUACCUCUUCCUCGCCCCUGCUAGACCAGCACGCCCACCUCCGCCAGGACUACGAGAAGUGAUGGAACGGUUGACGGAAUGGUUUGGGCACUGCGCCUAGCGACCCUGUAGACAAGAGUGCGUGUAACGCUGAUGAAGCUGUGAUAGUUUCUAGAGCAGUCGAGGCCCGUCCUGAGCACGAUUAUAUUCCCCCCGGAUGGAUGGAGAACAACCCCCCCCUUACACACACACACACACACACACACACACACACACACACACACA